AUGCCGCAAGAGGAACCGACGAGCACAGAGGAGAUGACGACAGUUAGUGGGGAGGCCUGGCGCGACGUCGAGCCGAGGGAAGGGGCGGCACAGGGCUGCCGAUUUGCAUUGCCGAAGAUGAGGGUGAGCGCGACAGUGCUGGGAUCGCCACCCAUCCGACUGGUGGCUCGCCCGUGGCCGGAGAAAGGGGCGCGGAAGGAGUCGUCGGACAAGCAGGCGACGACGGCUGAAGAAGGGGAGUUGUCGGCGAAGGAAGGCGACGGGGUCGAUCUCCUCUCUAAACCCAAGUCGUCGUCGAGGAAGAAGCUGACAUACAUAGAGGUGAGAGAGGGCGGUGGCCCUCAGUCUCUCGCAAACCCUAAGCCUUCGUCGGGGAGGAGAGAGCUUGCGGUUACGGCGAGUUUGGCUGUAGAAGUAGGGUUAGGGUAG